AUGUUGGAAGGACUGGUCGCGGGUCUUCUGAACCGAUUCCUGGGUAUGUACGUCCAGAACUUUGACCCAACGCAGCUCAAAGUCGGUAUCUGGUCUGGCGACGUCAAGCUCCGAAACCUCGAGCUGCGCCGUGAGGCUCUCGACCAGUUGAAGCUGCCAAUCAAUGUUGUCGAGGGCCAUCUGGGAGAGCUGACCCUGCUCAUCCCGUGGUCUAAUCUUCGUGGUGCGCCAGUCAAAAUUUUUAUCGAAGAUGUUUUCCUCUUGGCUAGCCCGAAGGAGGAGGCCGAAUAUGACGAGGAAGAGGAGGAACGCAGAAGACAGAGGCUCAAAUUGGACAAGCUAGACAGCGCCGAAUUACUCAAGGAACGGAACCAGGAAGGCAUGAGCCAAGAAGAGCAAAAGAAAAGCCAAAGCUUCACCCAAAGUUUGGUCACCAAGGUUGUCGAUAAUUUGCAGGUUACCGUCAAAAAUAUUCACGUUCGAUACGAGGAUUCAAUCUCUGCCCCGGGACACCCUUUUGCACUCGGUGUGACCUUGGAAGAAUUUAGUGCCGUAAGCACGGACAGGCAAUGGAAACCUACAUUUAUUCAGGACUCUAGCACUACAACGCAUAAGCUGGCAACUCUGGGCGCCUUGGCCGUGUACUGGAACACAGACUCAGACCUGUUUGGGACCGGUCGCGAGGCGUCUUCACCGCUUAAGGAGCCCAUGCCGCAUGACGAAAUGGUAUCAAAGUUCAAGGCCAUGGUUGGCAGGGCAAACGCCCUUGCCGCCAACCAUCAGUUCAUCUUGAGACCGGUGAAUGGACAGGCAAAGAUUGAACUUGACAAGUCUGGCGAUACCCAUGCACCCAAAUUCAAAGCCAAUCUUCUCUUUGAAGAAAUCGGUCUCGUUCUUGAUGACGACCAAUAUCGUGAUGCGCUGAUGAUGGUUGACUUGUUCCAUUACUUCAUUCGUCAUCAGGAGUAUAAGUCAUUAAAACCGAAAGGUGUGCGGCCCAAGGAAGAUCCCCGCGCCUGGCUCCUCUUUGCCGGUAAUGCUGUUCUAAGUAAGAUACAUGAAAGAAACCGCAAGUGGUCAUGGGACUAUUUCCGGGAAAGACGCGACGAUCGCCAGCGGUACAUUGAACUGUUCAAGAAGCAAAAGCAACAGCAGCAACUCACCACAAAAGAAAGCACAGACUUUAAAAAGCUUGAGUGCAAGUUGGGAUACGAAGAUUUACGCUUCUGGAGAUCGUUGGCUCGAAACCAGCUGAAGAAAGAAAACGCGGAAGCUUUAAGAAAGCAACCUCAGCAGCAAGAACAGCAAGGCUGGCUGGCGUGGAUGUGGGGAUCGAAGCCUCAGGGCACCAUAGGGCAAAAUGAAGAAAAUACUCAAAUGACUGAAGAGCAGCGAAAGGAGCUGUAUGAUAUGAUUGAAUGGGACGAGAAGCAAGCACUGGCCGAGGAGGUAGACACCCCUAAGGAGGCUGUGAAGUUCUGUCUUGAAGCUUCUCUAAGCACUGGCAGUUUCACAUUGAAGAAGAGCCCACACGAUAGUCCCUCCGACCUUUUGAGCCUUCACUUCGACGUCUUUAAGGCGAAAGCUCUUCAGCGAAAGGAUUCGGUAUUGGCAAACGUCAGUCUCGGAGGCCUACGAGUAAAUGACGGAACGACGCCUGACAGCCUGUACCCCGAGAUUGUCCGCGUCAAAGACGCCCCAGAGACCGGAAAACGGAAGAGUUUAUCGUUGAGGGAGCUGGAAAUUGAUGAGGAAGAGCCAUUUUUCCAGUUCGAAAUCGAGCAGAAUCCUGUAGAACGCCAGGGUGACUUUGCCAUUGUCGGAAAACUUAAACCUCUCGAAGUCGUAUGGAAUCCAAACUUUGUCGUUGGCGUUGUUGAUUUCUUCCGGCCGCCAGAGAGGCACAUGGAGUCCAUCACUGCUUUGAUGGAAAGCGCCGGCGCAACCGUCGAGGGCAUCAGAGAGCAAACCCGCGCAGGGUUGGAGUUUGCCCUUGAAGAGCACAAAACCGUCAACGCCGAGCUGGACCUACAGGCCCCUCUCAUUAUCGUGCCCGUAAGCAUUACAAGUGCGAACUCAACCUGUCUGAUUGUCGAUGCUGGUCAUAUUCAUGUCAACAGUCAAUUGGUAGAUCAGAAGACCAUGGACAAAAUCCAGGCAAAGCAACGGCAAUCUUAUAGCGAGGCUGACUUUAAGCGCCUCGAAUCGGCAAUGUACGACAAAUUUAUCGUCAAUCUCACGUCAACACAAGUGCUCAUCGGUCCGUCAAUCGAAGAAACCAAGAAGCAACUGGUUAAGAAAAGCCCAGACGCUCAGCUACAUGUUGUGGAGAAAAUUAAUGUUGACUUUGUCGUCGAAACUUCAAUUUUACCCAAGGCCCCAAAUCUUACGAAGCUACGAGUUUCUGGCCACCUCCCUAUGUUGCAUGCGACAGUGUCCGACUCGAAAUACAAGAACCUCAUGAAGGUUAUCGACGUGGCUAUCCCAAAAUUGGGACAAAGUCAACAAUUAGAGUCAAAACCCGAGAAUGACCGACGACCACCACUUCUUAGUGCUAAUUCCGCGCGACUGCGAAGGAAAUCUCAACGAGAACGCCGCCAAUCUUCCGCCUUCCCAUUUAUGCAACCGCAGAGUGCUGUGAUACUGGAAGACAUUGACGAUGACGAAGACGACUUCGAAGACGCGACGGACGGAGUUGAUGGCCAACAGCUAAAGAUCCAACAAAGGAGCUUUGAAUUUAACUUCAAAGUUGACACACUCAAGGGCUCACUGUACAGAAGCGACCCUGAUCGACGGAAACCCGACACGCUUCUUGUUGAGCUGGUGGCUGAGCGCUUUGACCUUGCCUUUUAUACUAGAGCGUACGAUAUGGCAGCUGAAGUAUCAUUGGGCUCUGUUGCGGUCGAAGAUUACGUCGAAAACCCUCCCGGAGAGUUCAAGUCUAUUGUUUCUUCUGGGGAUAGCGACGACCUGAAAGCAGGGCGGAGCCUCGUCCAUGUGAAGUUCAUGAAGAUUAAUAGACAGUCGCCGGAAUUCAUGCCAGUGUACGAGGGGGUGGAGACCAACAUCACCGCUGUCAUAUCAACUAUCAAUAUUGUCGUCACUCGUAAGACGCUCCUGACGCUUCUAGACUUCAUUUUGAUCACAUUCACAGGUGGCAAUAACGAACAGCAAGCUCUACCGGCACCAAACAUCGCGGCCACUGAAGGCAGCGAGGAACCACAGCUUGAUGAGAGUAUUGUCGAGACCCAAAAGGCCAAUGAUACCGUCGGGUCAAUCCGUGUCAAGGUUGACUUGAAAGCAAUUCGCCUUAUUCUCAAUAACGAUGGUAUUAGGUUGGCAACCCUCUCAUUCAACCAUGGAGAUGCCGGCAUCUUUAUCAGCAGGAAAGCGAUGCGCAUCUCUGCUAAACUGGGUGACUUGUCACUGGUUGAUGAUGUAAACCUUGGGGUCUCAGCCGAUUCAAGUCUUCGGAAGCUGGUUACGAUUCAAGGUGAUGACCUUGCUGACUUCAGGUACCAAACAUUUCACCCUGAGAACCAGGAGGUUUAUCCUGGGUACGACAGCUCUGUUUUCCUCCGAGCUGGAUCUGUCAAGGUGAAUUUUGUUGAGGAGCCUUUCCGCAAGAUCAUCGAUUUUCUUGUCAAAUUUGGCAAAAUGCAAGCCUUGUACAAUGCCGCCCGCCAGGCCGCUGUGAGCCGUGCCAAUCAGAUCCAGCAGAGCCCCAGCAGGAUCAAGUUCGAUGUUGUUAUAAAGACGCCGAUCGUCGUCUUCCCUCGGCUCUACGUAUCUGAACAAGACAAAGGAGAUGCUAUCACCGCGUGCCUGGGUGAAAUAUACGCCCAAAAUAAGUUUGUUCCCCUGGAUGAUAGCGAGGACUCCGAUAUUGCCAUGAAAAUUUCGGCAGGUAUCAGAAACGUUUGCCUCACUUCCGACUUCCACUAUUCCAAGGACCGAUCGGAAGAGCUCGAAAUGAUUGACGGCGUCGACCUGGGCUUCAAUAUUACCUAUGCGGAACAUAAAGAAGGUGUGAAGCGACCGGAUACUGAAAUAGAAGGGACCCUCUCGGACAUUAAUCUUCGCUUGACACAAUACCAACUCAGGACUCUUAUGGAGAUUUCCAAGUCAGUUCCCGCCGCUUUGGCGGGAGAUGGAGACGAUUCUGAUGCAGAAGCCGCGCGAAUGGUGGAUGAAGGGACACUCGAGCGUGCCAAAGCCGCUCCUGGCGGCGGUGGCAGUGGUCACAACCAGAGCUUGAUUGACCUCUCACCAGAACUCAGCUCACUACAAAGUGCGUGGACAAAGUUUGACCUUAUAUUUCGUGUCAACACUGUUGGUCUUGAGCUCAUCAUGGCCGAGGACGACGAGCCGGUCAACAAUUUGGCCAACGCGAGUUUGUCAAAGUUCUCACUGGAUGAUGCAAGGUUGAAAACAAGAAUGCUGUCCGACGACUCUCUUGAAGCAGAACUACUUAUUCGAUCUUUCACCAUUCACGACAGUCGUCGGCAAGACACCAAGUAUCGGCGAAUCAUGACCUCUUCUAACAAGGAAGCGCAGCAGUUGAUGGCUAGUGUGACCAUAUCUGGUGGAAAGGAACGAAACUUGAUUGCCAUGGCUACUAUUGACAGUCCCCGAAUCAUCUUCGCUCUUGAUCAUCUGUUCGCGAUUCAAAAAUAUAUAACUGAAGGUCUAACAGUCGACGACACCAGUCCAAUGGAUGAUGAAAGCGUAGGAGAGACUAUUGAUGAGUCCGACACCGAUUCGAUGCAGGUUACUUAUAACGCUCCCGGUACUGAUCGAACAGGGCCGCAUGUUGCCCGGCGCCGAAACGAGAUGUCCCCGACCAAGUCCCAGAAACAGACAGAAGAGUCGACGAUAUCGAUGGCGUUUCGGGUCAAUCUGGUCGAUGCGCAGGUUAUCCUCAUUGCAGACCCGUUGUCGUCCAGCUCCGAGGCGAUCGUUUUGAGCAUCCGACAGGUGCUCCUCUCGAAACAACAUGCACUUACCUUCCAGAUAUCGGAAAUCGGCAUGUUCUUGUGCCGAAUGGACAAGUUUGACACCUCUCGCCUGCGUAUCAUCGAUGACUUUUCAAUUCAACUGAACAUGGACAGCUCACAAGUUGGGGUGGUCGGCAUUCACGUUGAUGUGGAACCCUUGAUCCUGCGACUUUCUCUUCGUGAUAUUCUCCUGAUUCUGCAAAUUAUCAGCAGAGCUGGUGAAUUGUCUGGAAAUGAAGCAAAACAACCGGCGGAAACAGCAGCGGAACAGAAAGCGAGACAGCUGCGGAAUGCCGGAUUGAAAUACAAGUCUGCUAGUGGACGUGGCCAAUCGACGAUUGCGAAGACCCGGGGCACAAAGACGACUGCUGCAAGACCAACUCAUCCACCAGCAAAACCACAACCAGUCGCGGCCCCUCAUCGCGAGGAGCUCUCCGCCACUAUCGAUGGCGUGCGUAUUGUUCUCAUUGGUGAUCUGCACGAGUUGCCUACUCUUGACGUUGGCGUCAAAAACUUUACGGCCACGGCUGAGAAUUGGUCAUCGAAUCUCAAGGCGGAGUCCGCAAUUAACAUGUAUUCAAGCGUUUACAAUUUUUCCAAGUCGAGUUGGGAACCACUCCUUGAGCCGUGGCAACUUGGCCUUGGCAUCGCUAAAGACCCAACAUCUGGACUGAUUUCCGUUGACGUGGCAUCGAAGAAGACUUUUGAUAUUACCAUCACCACAGCCACCAUUGCUUUGGCCUCCAAGUCACUGACGUUUUUGACUUCAGAGCAAAAUGUUCUUGACAAACCAAGAGGUGUAGAGACACCUUAUCGCAUCAGAAACUACACAGGCUUCGAUGUGGUUCUUCACUCCAAGAGCUCCAGUAGCGAGGAGCCUAUUAGUCUCCGACCUGGGGAUGGAGCUGAACAACCCUGGAGUUUCGAGCAUUGGGAGAAGAUGCGAGAGAAUAUACUCGCUGAGUCCAGCCAGAACGACGUCAGCAUUCAGCUUGAAGGUACUGGCUUCGAUGUUGUCAAGAAUGUCAAGCUAAGCAGGGAAGGCGAAUUCUUGUAUGGCUUACGGCCAAAAACGGAGAAUAUCCUACAUCGUCUCUGCGUUGAGGUGAAGCUGGGAUCCGAUAAUGUGAAGUAUGUAACUUUGCGGUCACCACUUGUUGUGGAGAAUGCCACCGAGAUUCCGGUUGAACUUGGCAUCUAUGAUGCCCAAGAAGGCCACCUCCUCAAGAUUGAGAAGAUUGCACCAGGUGAUUCUCGGCCGGCACCCGUUGGCGCCGUAUUCGAGAAACGGGCUCUGAUCCGACCGGAUGGUGGUUUCGGCUACGAAUGGAGUCGAGAACCGCUCUGGUGGAGGGACUUGCUGCAGAGACCAACAAGACAACUUGUCUGCAAAGGAGAAAGCGGCGACCCAUUCUAUUUUCAGGUCCACUCCCAAUUUGAUAGAUCUAACCCAAUAACGAAGAUAUACCCUUAUAUGAAGAUCAAGCUGUCCGCCCCCAUUACUCUUGAAAACCUUUUGCCCAAUGACUUCAAGUACAGAAUUUAUGACAAGAACACGAAAAAGGACUGGUCAAACUUCUUGCGCAAAGGCGGCGUCAGUCCAGUGCAUGUCGUGGAGCUCUCACAUCUCCUACUUCUUAGUAUCGACAUGCAAGAUACCGUCUUCAAACCGAGCGAUUUCGCAAUUAUCAACUCGGGAAAUGUCGAAGACUUCCGAAAGGAAAGCCGUAUCGUUGUCAAAGAUGACCAAGGGCUGCCGUUGAACCUGGCAUUGCACUACUUCAAAAUCCCCAAUAGUGGAGGCGCUUUCAAGAUAACUGUGUAUAGUCCCUAUGUCGUUCUCAACAAGACUGGCCUUAAUCUCCGGAUUCGUAUGAAGAGUUUUCUACAGCAAGCAAAGCCAGCUGCCGGUCAGUUCCCGCUUAUUGACACGUCUGACCGUGAACGACCAAAGGCCCUGCCGUUCAUGUUCUCGUAUGGCAAUGACGACAAUCGCAAUCGGGUGCUUCUCAAAAUUGACGAGUCGGAAUGGAGCAAACCUCAAAGUUUUGAUGCCGUCGGAAGUACUACCGAGGUUAUUUUGAACUCUGCCUCCAAGACCAAGGAAAUCCACGUUGGUAUAACGGUCAAAUCCGGUGAAGGCAAGUACAAAAUGACCAAGGUUGUCACGCUGGCUCCUCGAUUCGUGCUCGAGAACAAAUUGGGCGAGGAGAUAUUGAUUCGGGAGCCGAGCUCGUCUGGCUACAUGACACUGGAGCCUGGCGCACUCCAACCUCUGCAUUUCAUGCAAAAGUCCCCGGUCAAGCAACUAUGUCUUUGCUAUGCCGGUGUAGACAAUCAUUGGACAUCUCCAUUCAACAUCGCCGACAUUGGUACGACACACGUCAAAAUCGCAAAGGCUGGCCAACGACAACGAUUGUUGCGUGUCGAAAUUCUGCUUGAAGAUUCGACAAUCUUCCUUCAUCUGAGCGUGGAGACCAAGAACUGGCCAUUCUCAAUGCGCAAUGAGAGCGAUACAGGGUUUACCUUCUAUCAAGCCAACCCAAACGUUGACGAAGACGACGUGGAAGACGGAAGCGGUUGGCGGCCUAUCCGGUACAGGCUGCCGCCUCGAAGCAUUAUGCCAUAUGCAUGGGAUUUCCCGGCAGCCAAGUUCCGGGAAGUUGUCAUCGCCACGAACAAUAAGGAGCGUCACGUCAAGUUGGCUGAAAUUGGCAACCAAAUUCCAAUGAAGUUCAUCACGGCCUCGGGCGAGCAGAAGAUCAUCGACAUCAAUGUCGCAGCUGACGGGCCAACACAGACACUUAUUCUGAGUAACUUUCGACAAAGUAGAAGUAUGUACAAACCCAAGGCUCUCUCAAGGACCGCCAGCGGCCCAGAAGCAUUUGAAGUCAAGGACCAGGAUACAGGCGCAACCUUCCGAGCGCAACUUAAGCUCUCGGGCAUUGGCAUAUCGUUGAUCAAUGCUCAGCUCAAGGAGUUGACCUAUAUCACGUUCAGAGAUGUGCAACUGCGAUUCAGCGAUUCGCCUCUGAUUCAGACAGUAUCACUGGCUGUCAAAUGGAUCCAGAUUGACAAUCAGCUCUACGGCGGCAUCUUCCCAAUAGUCCUUUACCCCAGUGUGGUACCAAAAAAGGCAAAUGAGGUGGACGCCCAUCCGUCCCUACAUGCGAUGGUCAGUCGCGUAAAGGAUGAAUUGUACGGUGUUACGUAUAUCAAAUAUGCAAGCAUCCUUCUUCAACAGAUGACGGUUGAACUCGACGAGGACUUUGCGUUUGCGCUGUUGGACUUUUCCAACGUUCCUGGCGCUAGCUGGUCUAAGGCUGAGGAGGAAGGCAAGCUGUGCGAUGAAGAUCUCGACAUACCCGAACCUUCCCAACAACAGGGCGGGCAAGACAUUUACUUUGAGGUGCUCAACAUUCAGCCUAUGCAAGUCGAUUUGAGUUUCAUGCGUACUGAGCGCAUCAAUGCGGAAGACAAGACCUCGUCCCGGAAUCCCAUCAUGUUCUUCGUAAAUGUCCUGACAAUGGCCAUUGGAAACGUCAACGAUGCCCCAAUUCGAUUCAACGCCUUGAUACUGGAGAAUGUACGUGUUUCGACAUCAGUUCUCAUACAAAACAUCUCAAAUCACUACAGCCAAGAGGUCAUGUUUCAGCUUCACAAGAUUCUGGGCUCUGCCGACUUCCUCGGCAACCCUGUGGGCCUCUUCAACACCAUCUCUUCUGGGGUCACGGACAUAUUUUACGAGCCAUACCAAGGACUUAUUCUUUCUGACAAACCGGAAGAGUUUGGAUAUGGUAUUGCCAAGGGUGCCGCUUCAUUUGCAAAGAAGACUGUGUUUGGCUUCAGUGACAGCUUCUCCAAAUUCACUGGCAGUCUAAGCAAAGGUCUCGCAGCGGCAUCACUAGACAAGCAGUUCCAGGAUCGGAGACGCAUUACAAAGGCGAGGAACCGACCGAAGCAUGCGCUGACAGGUGUCACCGCCGGCGCCAACUCACUGCUUACAAGUCUUGCGUCGGGUGUCGGUGGCCUGGCUCGAAAACCGCUCGAAGGCGCAGAGCAGGAGGGCGCUUUUGGGUUUAUCAAAGGAGUCGGAAAGGGAGUACUUGGUCUGGCAACCAAGCCUGCUGUUGGCGUCUUGGACAUGGCAAGUAAUGUGAGCGAAGGCAUUCGCAAUACUACGACUGUAUUUGAUGGCCAGGAGCUUGAUCGCACACGAUUCCCUCGAUUCAUUCCCAACGAUGGCAUUGUUAGACCAUACAACAGCCGCGAGGCGAUGGGGCAGUUCUGGCUGAAGCAAGUGGACAACGGGAGAUAUUUUGACGAGCAGUAUAUUGGUCAUCUGGAAUUGCCCAAGGAAGACAUGGUCGUCAUGGUCACGUUUGCUCGUAUACUGCUUAUUAGGUCUAGACGACUGACAAGUGAGUGGGACGUGCCCUUGAAAGACAUCCAGACGAUUGCCAAGGAACGGACUGGCGUGAGCCUUGUCUUGCGAGGCGGCGCAAAUGGGCCUUUUAUUCCGGUUGGAGGUGGAAGCGAGAGAGCGUACUUGUACAAGAUGAUUGGUGUUGCCGUGGAAGAGUUCAAUCGCAGGUUCAGAGGAGGAGAGUAA